UGACGGAGGAGAGAGAGAGUGGAGACGCCGAGAAGAGAAGAAAAUAAUUAAGGGGAGAGAGAGAGAGAGGGGAGGGGAAGGGCUUGUUUGUUCGUGAGAUCACCGGAGCGAAACAGAGUCGCCGGCGAGCGGAUUUAUGUCGGAAGUGUCUUGUCUUAAUUUGAUCGAAGCUCCGGUGACUCUCUGUGUUUCGUCCCCUUUGUCUCUGUCUUCUGCUUCUCCUCCUUCAUCGCUCUCUGUUCUGCUCGGCGGCGUUUCUCGCCCCCAAAGCUGCUGCUGGUUCGAGCAGCGGUUGACUCCGGCGACUCCAUCAGCUUCCAUGCGUUUAAGGCCAAAAAGGACUUGUUCGGGAGUGAAGAUUUUUGGAGGAUUUCGUAUAAAUCAGCUUUACCUGUUCUUGAGAGAGGUUCUCACUUGAUAUUCCACCUUUCUCGCCAAUUUUGCCUCUCUUUUUUUUGUUUAUUAAGUUUCUCACUGGGCAUCUGGAGGGGGUUUAAGCAUUAAGGGAGGGUUUCGGUUAGUUCGUAGACAAUCUGUUCGACAAAAUGCCUGAACCAAGAAAACGUUCUUUGAGCCAAACCAAUAAACCCUCAGAAUCUCCAAAGGCGAAGGCUUUCCUUCUGAAUCACCUUCCUGGUUUGUCUGAAGACCUGAAGGUGACGAGGAAAAUCCGUAUUGUUGUGAAUGAUCCUUACGCCACAGAUUAUUCCUCGAGCGAAGAUGAGGAUGAGAUGGGUCGGGAGAAAGUCCCGAAACUGAGACGUUUUGUUCGUGAGAUCAACCUUCCUUUCUCUCGAGCUUCUCUGGCGGAACCUGAAGGUUCGUCUUGUCGGGAAAGCAACGACGGGGGCAAAACCAAAAUCUCAACUUGUAACAAGAAGUUGUCUAGCAAAACCUCUCGGGAGGGACGUUUUGGUGUAUCAAAGCCAAUUGGUGUCAGGCAGAGGAAAUGGGGGAAAUGGGCUGCUGAGAUUAGACACCCAAUUACAAAGGCUCGAACUUGGUUGGGAACAUAUCAGACACUCGAAGAAGCAGCCGAUGCUUAUGCUGCUAAGAAACUCGAGUUUGAUAGUUUGGCUGCUGCUGCUUCUGGUCAAAACCCUAAACCUGUUGUCUCCUCUGAUGUGUCUGAAAGUUCUCUGUCAAAUCCGUAUGCUUCCCAUGAAUCAGAUACUAUGGCCUCUGUCUCAGCUUCAGGGUCCAAUGUUGUUGCUGAAGAUUUGGUUGAAGGCUCGGAACUAGGUGAUAUGGUCAAAGGAGGGUUUGACUUCAACUUUGCAGAUCUACAGAUUCCCGAACUCGACAGCUUGGUGGAUGAGCCUCUGGUCUCGAAUGGUUCUGAGCUUGAUUUUCUCUUCAUGGAAGAGAAUGGUCAUUUCCUGGAUGAGUACUGUGGGAUAGAUGACAUGGACAUCUUCGGCCUGGAAGGUGAUGGUCCGAGCGAGCUCCCGGACUGUGAUUUCUCGGACAUAGACAUCGAUCUUGGCGGUGCCAGCGACAAAUUUGCUUUUGCGGAUCACAUUGCAACCCCCCUCAAUAUUGUAUGCCCAUAAGUUAUUUUACUACAUGUUUUUAAGGUUACUACUACUACUGUUAGAGGACAGUGGACAGUGUUCUCAAGGGACCAAGAAGACUUGUGUUUCUACGGGACAAAGCGGUUUUGCACGUUGUGGUGAGUUUUUUUUUUUAGAUAUUAAAUGUUUUAAUGUCAGUGGAGAAAGGUGAGAGAAGGGUUUGAGUCUUGGGGCUUUUGGGGUUUUGCUUAAUGGCCCUUUUGAUUCAUUAGCUCUCUCAUCUUUGUAAGUUUUGCCCUAUUUGAGUUUAUUCGUAUAAAUACGGAGCUGUUGUGUGUUCUUUAAGAAAUGCGUGUGAAAGCCCUUUUGAUUGGAUGUGAUAAGCUCUUCUUCUGUU